AUGCAAGGCCAGAACCACAGACCCAUUGCAGUGUGGCUGACUGAGAUGCCCAUCACACGUCAUGCUAUCGUAAUGCUGCUGCACUUCUAUAUCUGGCCACCAGAGGGGGUGCUAGAGCACCAAUCAGCGUAGGGAGAAGGGGACGUGGGAGGGGCCAGGUCUAGCAUGCACACUUCUUCUGGUCAGGCGCAGCGUCCUCCAGCUUGGCGGCUCCUCCCCCGUUGGCGGGCUCGGCGGUGGGUUUGUCGACACACUGCUCCAUCCUCUUCAUGACCAGGUCUAGUAGGGUGAUGACCGCCUUGUCCACCUCAGACCCCGUCGCUGCCGACGUCUCAAAGUACGGGAUCCUACAGGGGACAUACAGAACCCACAUCAGACAGGACCACACCAACACCCACAUCAGACAGGACCACACCAACAUCAGACAGGACCACACCAACACCCACAUCAGACAGGACCACACCAACAUCAGACAGGGGACACACAGAAUCCACAUCAGACAGGGACCACCACACAGACGGACCAACAUCACAGACCACCCACAUCAGACAGGACCACACCAACAUCAACAGGACACCAGACACCAGACAGGACCACACCAACCCACAUCAGACAGGACCACACCCAACCAACACCCACAUCAGACAGGACCACACCAACAUCAGACAGGACCACACCAACAUCAGACAGGACCACACCACAUCAGACAGGACACACACCAAACACCCCACAUCAGACAGGACCACAACCCAUCAGACAGGACCACACCAACAUCAGACAGGACCACACCAACAUCAGACAGGACCACACCAACACCCACAUCAGACAGGACCACACCAACAUCAGACAGGACCACACCAACAUCAGACAGGACCACACCAACACCAGACAGGACCACCACAUCAGACAGGACCACACCACAUCAGACAGGACCACACCAAACACCACAUCAGACAGGACCACACCACACACCCACAUCAGACAGGACCACACCAACCAUCAGACAGGACCACACCCACAUCAGACAGGACCACCACACAAACCACCCAACAUCAGACAGGACCACACCACACAGACAGACCACACCAACACCACAUGGACCACACCAACACCAGACAGGACCACACCAACACCCACAUCAGACAGGACCACACCAACAUCAGACAGGACCACACCAACAUCAGACAGGACCACACCAACACCAGACAGGACCACACCAACACCCACAUCAGACAGGACCACACCAACACCCACAUCAGACAGGACCACACCAACAUCAGACAGGACCACAACCCAACAUCAGACAGGACCACACCCACAUCAGACAGGACCACACCAACAUCAGACAGGACCACACCAACAUCAGACAGGACCACACCCACAUCAGACAGGACCACACCAACACCCACAUAGACAGGACCACACCAACAUCCAGACAGGACCACACCAACAUCAGACAGGACCCCACCAACACCCACAUCAGAGCAUUCUACCUCGUCUUACUAGUCAUAUUUAUGUCUAAAAGUUAAAUCGAGGGACCAUGUCAAGCACAUCAGGGUUGUAAAAAAACAGGGACUGAAAAUGAUAGAUUGUGAGGAGAAAAUAAAUACAUUCUGUUGUAAUAAUCAAAUGGUUAUAACGACUUGAGAAGAGAUCCACCAGGUCUUCUUUUAGUAAGGAAUGAGAUGUUAAUGAACCACAAACUCCGCUAGUACAGCUCUGAAUGACAAGCCCAGCACUCAGACAGCACCUUGAAUAUAGGGCCCAUCGAUUACGUCCCAAAUGGCACCCUAUUCCCUAUAUAGUGCACUACUUUAGACCAGAGAAUGGCACCCUAUUCCCUAUAUAGUGCACUACUUUUGACCAGGGCCCAUCUACAGUACGUGUAUUGGUCGGUGACUAUGUGGAGAGUGAGAGAUGUUGUCCGUAAUAAAACCCUUGACAAUGACAUCAUCACUAGCGCUAUGACUGCAGCCUCAGCAACAGUCAAAGCAAAUAUAGCCUCUCUCAGACGACACUAAUAAUACACUUUGGACCACAAUACGGUUACUGAUCUUUCAGAGUAAGAGGAACCUAAUGCUCAUUAUGCCUGUGACAGUGGUGCCGGUUCUCUCCCACCGAUGAGUGUGUGUCUGUGUUUGUGCGUGUGCGUGCAAAUUUCUGUAUGUUUGUGUGUGCGAGCUCCAAAAGUAUUGGGACAGUGACAAAUGUUUGGUUGUUUUGGCUCUGUACUCCAGCACUUUGAAUUUGAAAUGAUACAAUGACUAUGAGGUUAAAGUUCAGACUGUCAGCUUAAAUUGGAGGGUAUUUUCCUCCAUAUCAUGGGUGAACCGUUUAGAAAUUACAGCACUUUUUGUACAUAGUCCCCCCAUUUUAGGGGACCAAAAGUAUUGGGACAAAUUCACUUAUAUGUGUAUUAAAGUAGUAAAAAGUGUGAUAUUUGUGUGAUUCAUUCAGGAUUAUCGGUGAUGAUGGUAGUAUCCACAUUAAUGUAGAAGUGUUAAGAAACAUUCUAUUCUUAUUUACAGUAAAAGUGAAUCCAAAAUGACACAAUACAUUAUUUACCAUUCAUUUCUAUUGGGCACAAAAUAAUCUGAAACACAACCAAAACAAACAGCAAAUGCAUCCAACAAGUUUAUAGAGUCACAAGCUUGAUGUAGUCAUUGCGUGCUAGGAAUAUGGGACCAAAACGUUUCACUACUUUAAUACAUAAGGGAAUUUGUCCCAAUACUUUUGGUCCCCUAAAAUGGGGGGACUAUGUACAAAAGGUGCUGUAAUUUCUAAACGGUUCACAUGAUAUGAAUGAAAAUACACUCAAAAUUAAAGCUGACAGUCUGCACUUUAACCUCAUAGUCAUUGUAUCAUUCCAAAUCCAAAGUGCUGGAGUACAGAGCCAAAACAACAAAACAUUUGUCACUGUCCCAAUACUUUGAGCUCACCGUAUGUGUGCAUGACGGGGCUAGCUCUCUCCUACUCACCCGUACUUGUCGGCUAGUUCUUUAGCCUGCUCCUCCUGCACCUCUCUCUGAUCCGCCAGGUCUGCCUUGUUGCCCACCAACACCAUGUCUGGGUUUUCACAGUAAGCAUUGGCCUGCAGCUGGCCUGGGGACAACAUGAAACAGUUAACAUUGGCCUGCAGCUGGCCUGGGGACAACAUGAAACAGUUAACAUUGGCCUGCAGCUGGCCUGGGGACAACAUGAAACAGUUAACAUUGGCCUGCAGCUGGCCUGGGGACAACAUGAAACAGUUAACAUUGGCCUGCAGCUGGCCUCUGUAUCUGGCCUUGGGACAACAUGAAACAGUUAACAUUGGCCUGCAGCUGGCCUGGGGACAACAUGAAACAGUUAACAUUGGCCUGCAGCUGGCCUCUGUAGCUGGCCUGGGGACAACAUGAAACAGUUAACAUUGGCCUGCAGCUGGCCUGGCGACAACAUGAAACAGUUAACAUUGGCCAGCAGCUGGCCUGGGGACAACAUGAAACAGUUAACAUUGGCCUGCAGCUGGCCUGGGGACAACAUGAAACAGUUAACAUUGGCCUGCAGCUGGCCUGGGGACAACAUGAAACAGUUAACAUUGGCCUGCAGCUGGCUUGGGGACAACAUGAAACAGUUAACAUUGGCCUGCAGCUGGCCUGGGGACAACAUGAAACAGUUAACAUUGGCCUGCAGCUGGCCUGGGGACAACAUGAAACAGUUAACAUUGGCCUGCAGCUGGCCUCUGUAGCUGGCCUGGGGACAACAUGA